AUGGCGUAUCGUACUGUAUCGUACGAGGCAGCAACACUUCUGAGUUCAAUGAUUCCGAUUGAGCUAUCUGCAUUAGAAUACGAAAAGAUACAGAACAUUACUAAUGCAGGGGAAAAAGCCGAUAUAAGACGCCAGACAACCCAAGAUUGGCAGACGAUGUGUGACUCGGUGUCAAAUGCGAGAUGGACUCACCGGUUGCUGCUCGACGUUACCAACUGGAUCUAUAAGAAACACGGCAUGCUGAACUACCACAUAAUCCAAGUUCUUACAGAGCAUGGGAACUACCUACACAAGUUCAGGAUCACUGAAACACAGAAAUACAUCAUUUGCGAAAACCCUAAGGAUAAUGCGGAACAUACCAUCUUUGAGUGUGAUGCUUGGACUGCAAAGAAAAGAAAGUUGUACGAAGGGCUUGGGGAAAAUCGAUUGCCAGAUAACAUCUGCAGAAGGAUGCUAUCCGACAAGAAGUCAUGGGAAUUGAUUUCAGACUACAUGGAACACGUAAUGCGCACACAAAUUAAUGAAGAGCAGAAGCUGCAAUAA